AUGUCAUCAUUCAAGAAUGUAUUUUAUUUCCAAGCUGGACUUGGAAUCCUAGCAAAUAUGUUUCUUCCUUUUUUCUAUACCUUCAUAAUUCUAGGUCACAAACCUAGGCCUACAGAUCUGAUCUCUUGUCAACUGACUUUCAUCCACAUAAUAAUGGUUCUUAUUGGAGGGGAUAUUUUGUUUACAGACUUAUUUGAGUUACUAAACAUUGAGAAUGACUUCAAAUGUAAGACAAUUUUUUAUACUAGCAGAGUGAUGAGAGGCCUCUCUAUCUGUACCACCUGCCUCCUGAGUGUGUUCCAGGCUGUCACGAUCAGUCCCAAUACCUCUUUUUUGGCUAAAUUUAAACAAAAACUAAAAAAGUAUAUGGUCUAUGUUUUCUUGUGUAUUUGGUCUUUCAAUUUGUCCUUCAGUACCAACCGGAUCUUCUAUGUUGGUGGUUUUAUCAAUGUGAGUGAGACCAACCAGAUGCAGGUCACUAAAUCCUGCUCACUUUUACCCAUGGACACCAUUAUCAGGGCAUUGAUUUUUACAAUUUCAACCUCCAGAGAUGUGUUUCUUGUAGGAGUCAUGCUAACCACAAGUGUGUACAUGGUGAUUACCAUGUUCAGGCAUCAAAGGCAAUGCAAGUAUCUUUAUAGCAUCAGCAGUCUGAGAGAGUCCCCUGAGAAAAGGGCCACCAAGACCAUCUUGCUACUGGUGUCUUUCUUUGUCAUCAUGUACUGGGUGGACUUCAUCAUCUCAUUCACCUCAGACAUGUUAUGGAUGUACGACCCAGUCAUCCUGACUUUUCAGAAGUUUCUGAUGUAUGCCUAUCCUACAAUUACCCCUUUGGUACAAAUUAGUUCUGAUAACAGAAUAAUAAUUAUGCUAAAAAAUAUGCAGUCAAAGCGUUACCGGAGUUUUGUUUAA